CUAUCAUCACAUGCCGAGUCCAUACUGCCAUACAGGCUAAUCCUGUGAAAACUGUACUGAAUCCGCACACUGAGGGAUCCUCACAUGAUGGGUACAGUAUCACCCACAUUGCCACUCAAGGCCCGCCUCACACCAUUGGCCUUCCAGCUGCAAAGUCGCCGCGCCUUCAGGACGACAUCCCGACUACGAUUACAGGACGAAAAGCAACCGGAAACACUGGACAGAAAGCAUGCGCCGCGAACCAAACCACUUACUGAAGCUCAAAAGAAAUUUCUCGAUUCCGCACUCCGAGUCAACCAGGCAGGCGAAUUAGCAGCGACCUUGAUUUAUACCUCGCAAACUCCUCCGGUCAUCAAAGCACAUCCACACCUGCGACCGUUGAUGAGACAUAUGUAUGACCAGGAAGAAGGGCAUUUCAAGAAAUUCAACGAACUGCUUGCCAAACACCGCAUACGACCGACUGCGAUGUAUCCCGUCUGGCAUGCUGCUGCCACUGUCCUCGGUUGGGGGACAGGUGUGCUAGGUCGAGAAGCUGCGAUGGCUUGUACUGAGGCGGUAGAGACAGAAAUUGGGGACCAUUAUAACAGUCAAGUGCGAGAGCUAUUGUCGUGGUUCAAGGACAUGGAAGAAAGGGGAGAGGAGCCCGGGGAGGAGUUGAGAGAGUUGAUCAAGGACAUCAGACGGAUACGAGAUGAAGAAUUGGAGCAUCUGGAUCAUGCAGUCGAGAACGACGCGAAAGAGGCGAAUCCAUAUGAGCUUUUGACUGGAGUCAUCAGAGGUGGCUGUCGAGGCGCGAUCUGGAUAAGCGAGAAGAUAUGACAGUCGCAAAGCCAACGAGGCUCUUUGAUGACAAGGGCCUUCACUUCAACAGGGAUUGAUUGCGGAGCCAGCGCACCCAAUAUCUCCCUCAACCUUUAAAACCAGACCCAUGCUCGACGUAGCAGUAUUGCAGUGUCGAACCACGCUACUCUACACGA